AGAAUCAAACAACUCUUAUUUAAGAGUAAAAGCUAAGUAACCAUUUCUCUCACUCUCCUUUAUCAAUACUAAUAAAUAUAAGUAGGCCAAUAUCACUAGAGAAGAAACUCUAGAAACCUGUUUCAAUGGCGAUCCACAAGCUUCCACUUCUUCUCUUUCUCUCCAUCAUCCUCUUCCGCAAUCGCCCUGUUCUUGGCGACACCGAUGAAGAGGACAUACUUCUCACAGGGAUCAACAGCUACAGAACAACACAGAAUCUAACAGUCUUCAGCAAGAACGAAAACGCAGAGUGUCUAGCCGACGAAAUCGCAGACCAAUUCAAAAACAAACCUUGCACCAACGACACUGGCUCAUUCACAGUACCAGGAACAGAGCCACAGUUCGCAAACUACCCUCAGAUGCUAGCCAAAUGCCACUUAAACGUCACUGACACAAGAGACGGCAUGGUCAUGCCCGCAUGUGUUCCUCGCUUAGAAUCAAGCCUCGUCCUCACAAACUUCACAAAGACGCAAUACUCGUUGGGUUUGAACGAUUCCAAGUAUACAGGUAUUGGUAUUGGUAAAGAAGAUAAUUGGAUCGUUGUGGUUCUCACUACCAACACACCUGAAGGAAGCUAUUCUACAGAUACAGAUACAAAACAUGAUGAUGAUGAUUCAGAUGGCUUUACUGUUAGCGUUAGUCUCGUUAAUUAUUUGCUAGUCUUCAUGUUUUCCUUUUGUUUCUUCCUCUAAUAAUUGAGAUAUGUCUCAAAACACUUUUCCUUUUAAGACUUAUCUCAAGAAUAAAUUCUCUUAUUACGUUUGAUA